AAAGGAGGUCUCACUCUAGCUCGAUUUCCAGAUGCACCUAACAGAAAUAUUUUUUGUUAAUGCAGAGCUAAACUUUUAAAAAUGCGUAUUAUUAUAUUUGUCAUCAUAUGGCUGUUUGGUGAUAUUUAUUUAUUACACACAAUUAUUUAGCAAUCGACUGCGGAUUAAAUUAACCUUUGAAUUCUGUCAAAAAAUGUGCCAGACUUUUUUUUUCCAACGGAGUUAUCCGUCUAAUGUCCGGGAAGUGUGCUGACGUCGUCAUUACGCGCCAGGUUCCGGCCAGUUCCUUCCUUCCUGAAGGAGCGUGGUGAAGAUGGCGGAGAAGAGCUCGGUGCCGAGUGAUCUUUACAAAUGCGUGUAUUCAUUCCUGCGGGACAACAAGUUCACCAAGGCGGCGCAGCAGUUUCUGAAGCAGACCGAAGUGACUCCUCAAGAUGAAAAUGAAGAAAACCUCGUCAACAUCUUCAACUUUUGGGUGAAGUCCCCCGAGGCCAAGAAACGGAAAGCGCCUCAUACCAAGGCUGAAGCUACCAAAGGCCCAUCAGCCAAGAAAGCAAAGACCACCACAGAGAGCUCCAGCAGCGAGGAGUCGAGCAGCGAGGAUGAAAAAGCUGCUGCAAAACCGACUAAAACGGCCCCUCCAGCAGCCAAGGUGGUCCCUGCUAAAGCAGCAGCAGCAGCAGCAGCAGCAGCUGCUGCUAAAGCUGCAUCCAGCAGCAGUGAAGACUCCAGUGACUCUGAUGAGGAGAAGGCUCCGGCUAAGACUCCUGUAAAGCAGACUCCUGUGAAGCAGGCUGCUGCUGCUGCUACUCCAGGCAGCACAAGGAAGAAAGACAGCAGCUCCAGCAGUGAAGAAUCUGACUCUGAGGAUGAGCAGCCGACUAAAGCUGCACCAAAACCCAAGCCUGGUGCAGCAGUCAAACCAUCCAAACCAGCUGUUCCUGCUAAAGGUGCCGGUCAGAAAAAGCAGGAGAGCAGUAGUGAGGACAGUUCCUCAGAUUCUGAAGAUGAAGCACCAGCUAAGGCUCCAGCCAAGGCCCCAGUAAAGGCAGCAGCAGAAUCAAGCAGUGAAGACUCCUCUGAAGACGAGGCUCCUCCCAGCAAAAAACCCAAAGCAGGAGCAUACAGUGCUGUCCCACCUCCUGCCUCAGUCCAGAAAGCGCCAGCUGCACCAGCAGCCAAAAAGGCGAAGGACAGCGACUCCUCAGACAGCAGUGAUGAGGAAGAAGUGAAGAAAGUGGCUGCGAAACCUGCACCAGUAAAGACCACUGCUGCGAAACCUGCUGCAAAAAAGAAGGAAUCCAGCUCUGAGAGCUCAGAUUCAAGCUCAGAUGAGGAGGAGGCAAAGAAGACCCCAGCCAAAGUCACCCCAGCUAAGGCAGCCCCAGUCAAACCUGCCCCAGCCAAAGCUGCACCUGCUAAAAAAGAAGACUCCGACUCCGACUCAUCGAGCUCAGAGGAUGAAGAGGAGUCGAAGAAACCUGCAGCAAAGUCGACCCCUGCGAAGGCGGCUGCAGCUAAACCUGCCGCAGCUAAACCUGCCGCAGCUAAAGCCACACCUGCUAAAAAAGACGAAUCCUCCUCGGAAGAUUCUAGUUCAGAGGAGGAGACAACAACAGCAAAGAAGCCCGCAGCUAAACCCGCACCUGCCAAGACGACCCCAGCUAAAAAAGAUGAAUCGUCAAGCUCAGAUAGCAGCUCUGAAGAUGAGGCUCCCUCAAAACCUGCCACUAAAUCUGUCACCCCACUGAAACCUGCUGCUGCCUCCAAACCCGCAGCCAAGAAGGCAGAGAGCAGCUCUGAUUCAGAGGACUCCUCUGAGGAUGAGGAAGUACCAGCUAAAGCUAAGCCUGCAGCAACCAAACCUGCCACUCCAGCUUCAAAGCCUGCCACCCCUGCAGCUAAGCCUGCUGCUGCAGCCGCAGAGAGCAGCUCUGACUCCGACUCCUCUGAGGAUGAGGAAGAACCAGCUAAGGCCAAGCCAGCAACAACUAAACCUGCUACUCCUGCCUCAAAGCCUGCUACUCCUGCAGUGAAGGCUACUGCUGCAGCAGAGAGCAGUUCUGACUCUGACUCCUCUGAUGAUGAGGAAGAACCAGCUAAGGCCAAGCCAGCGACAGCUAAACCUGCUACCCCAGCCUCAAAGCCUGCUACUCCUGCGGCAAAGCCUGCUGCAGCAGAGAGCAGUUCUGACUCCGACUCCUCUGAGGAUGAGGAAGAACCAGCGAAGCCCAAGCCAGUUGCAGCAGCUAAACCGGCUACCCCAGCCUCAAAGCCUGCCACUCCUGCAGCAAAGCCUACUGCCGCAGCAGAGAGCAGCUCAGACUCUGACUCCUCUUCUGAGGAUGAAGAACCAGUCAAGUCUAAACCUGCAGCAGCUAAACCAGCUACCCCAGCCUCAAAGCCUGCUACUCCUGCAGCAAAGCCUGCUGCCGCAGCAGAGAGCAGCUCAGACUCUGACUCCUCUUCUGAGGAUGAAGAACCAGUCAAGUCUAAACCUGCAGCAGCUAAACCAGCUACCCCAGCCUCAAAGCCUGCUACUCCUGCAGCAAAGCCUGCUGCUGCAGCAGAGAGCAGCUCAGACUCUGACUCCUCUUCUGAGGAUGAAGAACCAGUCAAGUCUAAACCUGCAGCAGCUAAACCAGCUACCCCAGCCUCAAAGCCUGCUACCCCUGCGGCAAAGACUGCUGCAGCAGAGAGCAGUUCUGACUCUGACUCGUCUGAGGAUGAGGAAGAACCAGCAAAGGCCAAGCCAGUUGCAGCAGCUAAACCUGCUACCCCAACCUCAAAGCCUGCCACUCCUGCAGCUAAACCUGCUGCUGCAGCAGAGAGCAGCUCAGACUCUGACAGUGACAGCUCAGACUCUGACAACGCGGCCAGCAAAACUGCAGUCAAGAAGCAAGCUCCCGCAAAAGCAGUGACCAAGAAACCCGCUGCUGCUGCUGCAAAGGCCCCUGCAGAUUCCAGUGACGACAGCUCCAGUGAUGAGGAGGAGCCCAAGAAGCCAGCACCACCGGCACCCAAGGCAACAGCCACCAAGGCAGCAGCGACUCCAACAAAAAAAGCGGAGGAAAGCAGCUCUGACUCCUCAGAUUCUGAGACAGAGACUAAGUCCACCCCUGCUAAGCCCGCUGUCACCAACGGCAAGGCAGCGACACCCAAGACGGCCAGUGCAGCCAAGGCCCCAGCAAAGCCCAAGGAGUCCUCAUCCAGUGACAGUAGCUCUGAGGAGGAGGAAGAGGCAAAGGUGAAGGUAAAAAAACCUGCUACACCUGCUGCAACCCCAAAGACGACUCCAGCAGCUAAACCUAAAGAGAGCAGCAGCUCUUCCGACAGUUCAUCAGAGGAGGAGGAAGCUCCGCGCAAAGCAGCCACAGCGCCCAGCACCCCCGCAACCAAUGGUACCAAUGUAAAGAGAAAAAAGGAUGAGGAAUCCUCAGAAAGUGAGGAGGAAGACACUGAGGUCACAACACCAAAAAACAAGAAGGCAACAACCACGCCUCAGACGUUCCCUAAAGCCAAUAAGAAGUCGUCCAACAUACCUUUCCGUAGAAUAGUGGAGGAGAAGGUUGAAGUGGACCCCCGUCUUGCAGACAACUCCUUUGAUGCUAAGUAUGGAGCCAGGGGGGACUGGGGCGAGAAAGCCAACGAUGUGCUCCGGUUCACAAAAGGCAAGUCCUUCCGCCACGAGAAGACAAAGAAGAAGAGGGGAAGCUACCGGGGCGGAGCCAUCUCCACCACAAUCAACUCCAUUAAGUUUGACAGUGACUGACCGCCUUCUCUCCCUGGUUCCUCGCACCUGAACUCUACUACACCCGAGUGAUCAAGACUUAUCCAUCGUCUGCCUCCUCCCACUGUAUCCUCUGUCACCACCACCCAGCAGCAGCAGCACACUGAUGGGGGGACGUGAACCUGUAGAGCUGUGCUGGUUGGCUAAUAGUUCAGUGAGCUGCUCUAAGUUUGUAAUGGAGACCUUUAGUUUGACCUCUGUGGCAGCAAGAGAGGGACAGACCGGUUGACAUCUACGUGACAUUAUUCCACUUAUAGCCACUAGGUGGCUGCCACUAGGCGGCUGCAGGCCGCCUGUUCAUGGUUAAAAAGCCAACAUGCGUUUGUUGGGCCCCCAUUUUCUAGUUUUGACUUUUGUUUUCCCUGUAUGUUAUUCUCAAAUGACAAAUGUCUCUUCAUUUUUCUUUGGUAACAUAAUUGUUUUUCAUUUAUUCAUCUAUUAAUGACAGUCAGCCAUCCCAUUGGGUUCUCUUAUUAUGUUUAAAAAGGCUGACAUUGAUUUUAAUGGAUUCUCAAGGGUUCUUUGAUUGUUUGUUGCUUUUUUUUAUGUGGCCACAUCUAAAUGGAGUGGGGGGGGGGGUGUCUCCUUGGGCUUUUUCUCUUAACAUUACAUAAAAACAUUUCCCGAGUCGAACUGAGUUUUAUACUGUAUUUAUUAUGUUUUAUUCCAAUUUGACCUUUAGGACCUCGGAUGUUUUACUUUCCGCGCCGCUUUCAAGCCAUUUUGCUUUGAAAUGAUUGUUGAUUCUGAUGUUAAGAUGCCCCCUGUCAACCCCUCAUUAUUCUGUUAAUCAGUGGUAAUGAAUGAAUUAUUCACUAACUUCAGAGAGCCAUGAUUGUUUCCAUUAUUGGAAUUUACUCUAUCAACUUUUAGUUUUUUUAAUUACCCAUUCUUGUAGCUGUGAUUAAAGACCUAACGGAUGAAA